CGACCAAACGACGCCAAGUCCGGUCCGAAAGGCGAGCCUAUGACGCCCAUCCUCUCAGCGUCACUCGUAGUCCUUACGCCCACGCCUGCCUCCUCAUUAAGCGUCUCAACAUUGAUGCUUCAACGCUCAGCCAGAGCAGGCUCGUCCUUCCGCUCUGCCGUCGUCUUUCCCGGUGGGGCGCUCGAUCUGGCCGACGAAGCUGCGGUCGGGUGCCCUACGGAGGUGUCCGAUCAGGACGAUGUGGCAGGAAAGGCAGAAUAUCGCAGAGCGUUACAGCUGUGCGCACUGCGCGAGACGUUCGAAGAGACUGGCCUGCUUCUACUGCCCAGCGAUAGGCAGAGCGCUGGGGGCGUGCCGUUCAGUCGUGCCGUAGGAGCCAAGGAAGCAGGACUAAGCCCAAAGGAGUGGGCAAAGAAGCGCGAUGAGGUCCACGAGGAUGCAGGACUGUUUCCAGACUUCUUGCUCAGUGUCGCCAAGCGGAUAGGGAUUCAAGGAGCACAGGCAGGCGCUGCGGCUGGCUCGAUCGAGACGACACAAGAUGUCCCACUCCCUACCCUCCCACUCGUCCCGCUAGCCUACCACUCCCAUUGGAUCACACCGCGCUCCGUCGUCCGUCCAGGAAAGAGGUUCUCGGCGCACUUCUUCCUCACCAUCCUCGACACGACUUCCGCCCCCUCCUCUUCGGGGCAGGCGUCGCGCGACGAGCUCCCCUCUCUCGCCCUCUCAGCUGAUGGGAGCGAGACGCUAUCGCUGCGGGUCAGCCCGCUGGAGGACUUUAUCGAGGCAACGCUGCGCGAUGAGAUCUUGCUGUACCCGCCGCAGUUCUACAUACUGGCAGACCUGUACGCCACAAUGGGCCAAGGAGCUGGCGCAGAGAUUGGGGAGAGGGCGAGAAAGCUCGCCCCGCUAGCCUUUGGCGGUCGACCACGCCAGGGAAAUGGGGUCACGCCCGUAGAGGAGGAGCCGCGGGGUUUGGCCAAGGGGACGAACUAUGCGUGGGACAGGGAGACAGAGAAGCCCACGGGGUGGGUGGCUACCAGCAAAGGGCACGCGGUCACUGCCGUCGAACCGCACGCCUUACCCAAGCAAGGCGGGACUAUGGCGCUCAACUUUGAGAAGCGACCGAGCUCGCUGAGCAAUGGCAAAGAGGGCGAGCAAGAGGGUGAAGAAGAAGAGGACACCCCUUUCGUGUUCCCUCUCGUACUGCCCGGCGACUGGCAAGCAUCCAAAUCGCAGCGACGAGCGGCGGGAGUGGGUGACGAAUCUGCAAGCUCGCCUUCGACCUCGCAACGUCCGCUCAACCGCAUCUACGUGUCGCCGCGCAAUCCGGAGCACGGUGGUGGACUGAUUGCGAGGGGGGCGAGGAGGAGAGGCUUGCCAGGCCUAGUGGAUUGGAAAGUCGGGUUUGAGUUGGAGGAAGGAAGGGACGAGGAGUUGGGCAGGGCGGAC